AUGCUCAACCGCCUGGCUGCCCACGCCAAGUCUUGGGAGGUGAAGGACCGCCACGAGGGCCUGGUCUUCACGCACCACGUCAGGCGCAUCGAGUCUGCCCUGAGUGAGGUCGAUCCGGCUCUGUAUCAGAAGCUCUUACUCACAGCCUGGUCCGUGGACCAGCACAUCUGGAAGAAUCUGGGGCCAUUUGACUAUACACUCCCACAGAUCGAAUACAUCGAAUACGACGUAGAGAAGUUAGGCUGCGAAGGCAAGAUCGCAAAGCACAACGACAAUGGGUCCAUGGUGUCCGUUGUGGUUCUGCUAUCAGAUCCUUCAGACUUCCAUGGAGGCACGAACUUCUUCAAAGGUGAGCCGAAGCGCCGGGUGGUUCUGCAGCCAGGGGACGCCGUCUUCUUCUACGGCCACCAGUGCGAGCACUGGAUCUCACCAGUGACCUCAGGCCGCCGAGCCAUCUUGCAGAUGGAGCUCCAAAGUCCCCUGCUGCUGCAGUCUCAGCAGGAUCCUACAGAAAAGAGCCGAGAGAAGGGGCAAGGCAGGAAGAAGGGUCGCAGCAAGAGUGGCCGCGACCGGCGGCAGCGGCGAGGAUGA